AGGCAACAAUACAUCGAAAGUGUGUUUUGUUUUGAUUUUGAAAAUCCAUUUUAUUCUACAAAUUGUGUUUCAAAUCCAUUCAAAACAACACUAUUUUUAGUUAAGUAUUGUUUUGUUUGUCAAUCAAAUCAAGCGAUCACUUGUCGCCAAUACUGUCCAUCACUUCCCACUUGCGGUGCGAAACAAUCCCAAUCACUCUCUUGUCUUCGCUGUUGCCGUUGUCCUGAAGACGUGUUUAUUCCUCCGGAGUAAUGGCCGACCCGUUGUCACUCUUACGGCAAUACAAUGUGAAUAAGAAAGAGAUCGUCGAGAAGAGUAAUCUCAUCUGUUUUGGAGAGUAUUGUUGGCCAAAGACUGUGAAAACCAAUUAUUUGAUAUACAGUUCUUCGCGCGACGGACCCAAUAAAGGCUACUAUACGUUGGAAUGUCUGCUAUUCUUCCUGAAGAACAUCCAACUCCAACAUCCGGCUUAUGUAAAACAGGCCGCCUCUGAAGAGAUACCCGGUAUUAGCGCACACUUUGAUCACCUCAUAAAGGCUACUAUACGUUGGAAUGCCGCCUCUGAAGAGAUACCCGUCGUCCAAAGACCCGAUCGUAAGGACUUGUUAUCAUAUCUAUGCGGAGAGACGGCCACCACUGCCUCCAUCGACAAGAGUGCGCCCAUAGAACUGCCCAUUUCUGCCUCACAGCUGAAGACCGAGUUGAGUAAUAUGGGGUCCGCGUCGUCGACGAUCUUAGGCCACGGAUUGGCGGGCAAUGACGCGGAGCCGACGCCCAAUAAGUUGCGGCGAAUGGAUGAGAUGGAAAAAGUGCGCAAAGAGUUCGCCGCCCGUUUGGAUGCGCCUAAAAUCAAGAAACCAUUGCCGCCGACAGCCAUCUCACUCGUGUCCGGCGAUUCGUCCGCCACUUCGCUCAGGGAUGCCAUGGGUUCCGAUCAGAUCGCGGCCCUUAAGGCAAAGCGUUUGGCCAAAAAGAGGAGUACAAUCAUCGACGCCGACACCGACUUAGAGGGCAAUCAAAAUCAGAGUGGUGCAAUGAGUGGACCGACACAAUUGCAUUCAGUGCUUCUUCAAUACGAUUCUAACUUCACUCGAGAGAUACAGAAUAAAGAGAGGAUUUGGAGGAAUAGGACUAAUAUAUUGCAAUCCACUGGAAAGAACUUUCAAAAGUCUAUAUUUCCGACAUUGCAUUCGUUAAAGUCCAGAGAAGAGGGCCAUCGGAAGCCGAACCCACAGCCAAAUGCUGUUAACAACGUGCUAAACCCGACGGCCCAAAGAGUAGCGGCCACUCCAUCGACGGCAUCGCAACAACAGCAACAGUUGGCUUCACAGCAGCAACAGUACAAUCGUUACGAUCAGGAGAGGUUCACGAAGAACGACACAAUCGGUUUCCGAAUCGAUACGACCGGCACUUAUCACGGCCUCACACUUAAGAGUGUGACCGAAGGACAGCCCCAACCAAAGACAGUGACCCCCGCGGGUGGCGGCGCCCCAAACGCUCACAACUAUUCGCAAACACACGCCUCGCAUAACACGAGUAGUUCGAAGCCACAGAAGCGCACUUCGCGGACACCGAUCAUUAUAAUCCCGUCGACCACAACAUCACUCAUAUCCAUGUAUAACGCGAAGGCUAUUCUUCAAGACCUCCAUUACGUGGACCACAAGAGCGGCGAUCAGCGCCGCGAGAAUGAGCUGCUCGUACAGCGACGCAAAGCCGACAACACGACUGUUCCGUAUCGUGUGAUCGACAAUCCGCUCAAACUAGAGCUCGACGACUGGAACCGAGUGGUGGCCGUAUUUGUGCAAGGUCCUGCCUGGCAGUUUAAGGGCUGGCCAUGGGAUGGCAAUCCCGUCGAGAUUUUUGCCCGAAUCAAAGCAUUUCACCUGAAGUUCGAUGAAAUGAAAUUAGACACGAAUGUCGGGAAGUGGUCGGUCGAAGUGAUCGAGUUGUCCCGCAAUAAGCGCCACUUAGAUCGGGCCAACCUUUUGAAGUUCUGGUCAAUGCUCGACAACCAUAUCAUUAAACAUAAACACAAUAUAUUAAGAUAUUAGUCAUUAUUAUUAUCAUUAUUAUUAUACCAUGUUUUUUGUGCCUAAUUUUAUGCCAUUAUUAUUAUUUUUAAUCGUUUUUCUUUUCGCGCAAAACAUUUUUUGAUUUGAUUUCAUCGAAACGC